UUGUAAUCCCCAUUGUCACCACAAUCUUAUGACCCUUCAGACAAAAUAAGUCUUACAUAUCAGCAAAAGGCCCCCAAAACUUUUAACAACAACAAGUUCGUAUUUCAGAACAUUACUGAAUAAAGAAACUAUGGCCGAAAAUAUCUACGACGAGAUCGAAAUCGAGGACAUGACUUAUGACCCAGUUCUACAAAUUUAUCAUUAUCCAUGUCCAUGUGGCGAUCGAUUUGAAAUUGGCAUUGCGGAUCUGAGAGAUGGAGAAGAUAUCGGAGUGUGUCCAAGUUGUAGUUUGAUGAUUAAAGUAAUUUUUGAGGUGGUGAGUUAUAUUCUUUCUGAUGGAGGACUGCGGUUCGAUGCUGGUACGAAGGCAUAUCGUUCAUGACUCCUGAUGCAGAAAAGACAAGAAGAUUCUUGAAUUAUGGAACUAAUACUUGCGACGUAGGAUGAUUUACCAAAGCCAGAAGGAGAUCAAGGUGGUUCUCAAGUGGCGGUUGCGACAUGAGUAGAGUGAUGAGCCGAGGCUGCUUCAUGAUACUUGAUUCAAGUCGAGAAAAUAAUAUUUUACAUCGAGUAGUGAUGGGGGUUUACUGGGGAAGAGGAUGACAGAAGGAU